UACGAGUAUGAUUUCUCAUGAUUCGAAUCCCUCCUGACAGACUUUAUCAUUCGGCAUCUGCGUUUGCAAUGCAUAACUCUUGAGACGGCAGCUCAGGUCUGUCCUCUCUUCUCUCGAUCGAACGUCUCCUCAGGCUGCGCGUCAAGAUGCAGUCUUCCAGCGCCUCGUCAUCCACAUUUCGACCUGUCCUGCUCCUAUGCCUACUACCCUUACUCUUCGCCUCAGCCGUCUCUGCUCAUGGCGGGCACACAGACAAGAUCCCUGAGGGAGAGGCAGUCUCUCCCGAUCCUCUCGACUCGCGGUUAUGGACGCACAUCCUCCUCAUGAUUGUAUCGUUCGGCAUGAUCUUCCCGUAUGGCAUGGUCCUUGGUAUCAUCAGAAGCAGGUGGCAUGUUCCUGUUCAGGUCGUUGGCACGGUGGUGGCCACAGUCGCGUACUUCCUUGGCCAUAUGCACAGAGGACGACAGUUCAAGCAUCCGAAUAUUCAUGCCAGUUUUGCAAACAGCUUGGUCUUGAUGUUGGUUGUUCAGGUCGCAUUAGGAGCGGGGCUCAAACUACAUCUGGAAGAGAAGAGUGGAUGGAUUGGCAGGGUAUUUGGCGGAAAGAUGGGAAGGGGAGGAAGACGAGGAGUUGUCAUAAUCCAUGGUUGGCUGGGUAAGGCUAUGCCAGUUGUCGCCUGGACGCAGAUGCUCUUUGGUGGGAUUGUGGCCAUGGGAUAUUGUCGAGGAGAUCAUCUGGGUCAGUGUCUGGCGCACUUCAUCAUGGGCUCUGCAUUUAUCGGAUACGGAAUCGUCAUGACACUGAUGCUCCUUGUGGGCCAGGCAUGGCUGAGAAGCACUGGGCGAAGCCAGGAGUUCUUCGACAGCAUCGUCAUUGCCGCGUGGGGCUGUGUGAACACGUUCACUGAGCAUCGCUGGGGACAUCCCUGGGUCAGGAAUGAUCUACAGCAUACGAGCAUGGGAAUCGUAUGGUGGUGCGCAGGACUUCUGGGUGUCUGGUUGUCAAGAUCGAGAGGUGGACGGCCGAAGCGGAAUAUUCUACCUGGUGUUGUCAUUAUCCUUACCGGAUGGGCAAUGAGUGGACAUCCCCAGGAGUUGCCUUUGAGCACCAUGGUGCACUCGGUGUUUGGCUAUACACUCAUGGCAGCUGGGGCAAGCAGGAUUGUCGAAAUUUCCUUCCUCCUCAAAGACAGCAGGGGAGGUGGUGAGGUCAACAGCUGGCAGCAUCUUCCACCAUUCCUUCUCUAUGCGUCGGGAUUCCUAUUUAUGGGAGCUACCGAGGAGCAAAUGCACCUCCUCUCUGAUGCCAAUGUCACGCAUGUCAGCUACAUUCUCAUCCUUUACUCCGUCGCAUUCCUACUUUACCUCUUCGUCAACAUCCUGCUGUACGUCUAUGCAUCGCAUGCCUGGCCAGACGAUGAGAGCAAUGGUAUGCGUGUCUCUCGCAACCAACCUCUAAGCAGUGCCGGUCCGAGCCACUCGAGAAAGCUGUCGGUCCUUCGUGGCAUGAAUGGAGGCGCUCCUGGACCGGCGAAUGGUUCUGUGAGAUUACCUCGCCAUCGUGGUACUGAUAGUCAGCAAGUCAGAGACGCCGAGGAAUUCGAGCUCGAGGGACUCAUCAGCGAGGGUGAAGAAGACGGCAGUCCAACACCAAUAAAAAAGGCCCAGGCGGUCUAAUUGUUGACACGGCGGGGGUUUUGGAUAUAUUGUGCAAUGGGCUUUUGCUCGGAUAGUGAGAUGGCAAUGGUUGACGAACAGCGCAUUAGCAUAGUGCCUAAGAAACGUCUUUAGCAUAAUACAACGACUUUCCAUGUUUCGACAA